AUGGCGGCCAAUAUGUACCGGGUCGGAGGUAUGUAUGUCAAUGUGGAUCUUUUUUAUCAAACUGAAACCCCCCGGGUUUUGCAUCCCUGGAGGUUCGUGAAGCUUUAUUGUAGUUUGUUUGCAUCCUAUAUCGAGAUACGAGUGUGCCACACUCACUGAGGUGCAUCAAGUUGUAGCAGGGAGGUGAUAAUUUCUAAAUAUUUGGGGAUUCAAAAUGGGUCAGGCCUUGCGUCUGUCGUGGCCACAGCAGCUAGCCGCCAGCUUGCUAAAUAGCUAGCUCUCAAUGUAAACAUUUUUUUCUCUAUUGUCUUCCCUUUUGUUUUGCUUUUGUUUUCGCUCACUAACACUCGAGAGGCGGAAAACUGAAUCGCUGUGGGACUUUCUUGACUAGACACGCGUUUUUAAAGGUAACUUAAACGUUACCACGGGCAGUCUGAGGCUGCCUUUGUAUUUGCCUCUUCUGGCAUGCAGCCAUUAGUACGAGUCCUUAUUUAGCUAACGUUAGCAACAGCAACGGCCUCACUCAUUAGCAUUAAUGCAGCUGUAGCGCUCGUCUACACCAUCAUCCAGCCACACUGAGAAACCCCCAAACGCCUCGUAUUCUCUCAUCCAUCGCUGGAAUUCACCUCAAAUGUUAUUAAUAAGCCGAUUGGCUCCUCUGGCUGGCUAAGUUGUUAGCUGUCUGCUGGAAUUUACACCAAAUAAUGGUCUCGAUUCAUGGCGUCGUUGCGUCAGGUUGGAUUAACACCUCUAUUAACACAUACUUAAAAUCUACACUCAGACCAGACUCCCAAUAGGCUUAAACUGCACAAGUGCUUGACUAGUCACAGGAAUAACUUAGGAAAGUCUGCACCCAGGUUAUAUAUUUUUGCCACUGUUUUUCACUAUAAUGUGUUUGACUAUUGUCCAUAUGGUCACCUUAUCUGGAGCUCCCCUGCUGCCUUCAAGUGCUCUCUGUAAAGUCCUACAUAAAACAUCCCUCAAGAAUUAAUAGUCUGUUAUAAUUAUAGUCCUUUUAGGGCUGGGCGAUAUGGGAAAAAGUUUAUCACAAUAUAUUUCUUUAAUAUAAGUCAAUGUUUGUACUAAUGUUAUAUUUUUGCCACUGUUCAGUGUUUCCCCUAAAAAUUUUUGCAGCUGUGGAGGUGGGUCUGUGUGUGUGUUGGGGGGUGGGGGGGUCGUUGUUAUCCCCACUCUCUUGCCACUCGAGGAGCUACGCCAUUACAUUCACCUGACGUUACACACGCUACUCGCUAUACAGACCGUGUAUAAGCUUAAAUGUUACCUUUGAUUCGCUCCUUGAUGACUCACAACAAGUCUUCCCCAGGAUGCAUCUUUUUCCCCCAGAUAGUCCCAAAAUCGCAUCUGGCUUGAUGUGUAUAGUCAGGCCCGUCCAAAUUCGCCUCCAAAUAUUUCAUACUUUCGCGUUCUUUAUUCGUGUCGGCCCCGGUGUGUAAGGACCUGUAGAGCACAGGUCUACAGUGGUGGAUCCAUGAGUUUCACUCAGCUUACCAGGUUGUGACGUUGUGUUAGAUGUUUCUUAUAUCAGGAGCAGGGUUGUAAUGAAAAACCCGUCUAUAAAAAAAUACAUUUAACAGUGCUUAUUGGUGGCUUGUCUUUUGCAGUACAAUUAGCUACUGCAUCUGUGAAGUCUUUUUGUCUCUUUGACGUUUUGUCGUAAGGCGUUGCGAAAGAGACAUGGCCAAAUGCCUGUUAGAAAGCCCGUGUUAUUUAGGUGUUUUCAAGUAAAUACAGCUCAGUUCUGACACGAUUGAAUGCACCGCACCUGUGUGUGAGAAGCCACAGCUGCCAAAGUUUAGUUUUCCUCCUCAUGCAGCAGAGGAUAGUUCGUAAAUUUCCUCUUACCUGUUUUUACCGUACAGUCACCUUCACGUCCGGGUUUAUUGUGUGUAAAUACCAGAAGUUUUAUGAUGUUUCACUAUCUAAGUUGGGUGCUAUAUUGCGUGAACACACACCAUACACCUUGCUGCUCUAAACCCAUCUUAAUCCUGGAGGACGCCCUUCUCUCCUUUUUAAUGCCGUCUAUCAAAUAAGCAUAUCGACCGUGUUUUAUAUUGAUAUAGAGGGAAAUUAAUUUUCGAUAUGUAUCGUUAUCGUUUUAUCGCCCAGCACUAAGUCAUCUGUAGACAAAUCCCAUGAGGACAUACAUCCAUAUGUUUGAUUUCGUCUGUUUUCCCAUGAUAGAGAGCUCAUUGAAGCUGUUUCUUUUACAUCUCAACCCAGCAUGUUUGCAUGAUUUUAACCAAAAAAUGUACCUGUUGCCUUGGUAUGAGUGAAACAGAACUAUUUGUAAAUCACACUCAGUUGAAUUUCUUGCAGACUACCUCAAUAAUGUGAGUGGAGGUUGAUUUUCUCCUGCAUGUGUGCACCUCAUUUGACCCCAAACUGACAUAAGCUGUCUGCACAUGCUCCACAGUGUGCACACUGAGCUUUGACCCGGAAAACUAACAGUAAAGAUGUGUUAAAGUAAGCGAGGCUGCAAACAAAACCUCAUCAAAGGAGGAAGAGGAAGGGGAGUAAAAAAAAAAUGAUGAUGCUGUUGUAUCUGGUUACCUGUGUUAGCCAGUUAGCCUUUUGCUUUCUUGUUUAUGCACUGAUGCAGUCCAGUUGAAUUGUCUUUAGUGAUAGCUUGGCUUCACUCUGCAUGAAAACACGCUGGAUUGAACUGAUUAGUGAGGGUAAUGGCAGCAUGACAUGUCAUGACCUAUGUCCCAGUUCAGGGGCUGCAUCCUUAGAAGGACCCGGCGUUUGUAGCCUGCACAGACCGCUCAGGCUGAACUGGAUUGAGAUGUUUUAAAGAGGACUUCCUGUUGGUGUCACAGGUCUCUGUUAGGUUGAAAACAGAAGACUAGUAGGUACUAUUAGCAAAUAACUCAGUUGUUUGAGAGUCUACAUCUAGCUUGAAUUGUUCGGCUGAGUUUUAAGCACCUGAUGCAUCCUCCAAAGCCCAGGAUAACGCAUUUAUUGAAAUCAGACUGUCUUUGACUCGCCACUGUGAUAUGACUUGUCUAAAUGUGUGGCCUUACAAGGAUGCUGCCCCUGAAUUGGGCCACAGCCACGGCCACGGCCUGGCCUGCCACAGUGACAACUCUGUUUGCCAGAAAAUUAUGAUUUUAAUCUCCAGAUAGUGCAGCAACAAACUAGCAAUUUGAAAGAAAAGCACAUUCACAACAGCGUGGAGUUUGUGCUUUUACAAUCCCACAAUCAUGGAUCACAUGCUUGGAGCCCAGAGGCAGAAAAAUAGUUGACUGGAUACACCUCAGUCUGACAUAUUUACCUUUUUGCAGAAAACAUUUAUUGCAAAAUUUGAGACUGCACUCAGAGUUUUCAUAUGCUGUAUAUUCCUCUGUGUGUGUUGAUCUAAGCUGGAUCUCCGUGUCCUCAGGCUGGGUGAAGUCUUGUUUGUUCAGGUUUUGUUGAUGAGCAGUAGAAAACUUACCAUUAGAAAUAUUCCUAUUUAUCUUUUCUUGCAUAACAGUGCCGUUAGUGUGUCGCAGACUUUGAAAAUAAAGCAGUAAACAUGUAGUUGUCUUUGCUUUGCCUUGGAAUCUGAUACUGUUAAUGUCCAUGGUUAUGAUAUACAGUUAUGUCCUUUUAACCACAUCCUCUUUAUGUGACAGUUGUUGAUUGUUGAGACUUUCAUGACGAAUGUAAACUGCCUCGAGUGUUUGGUUAACCGAGCCAUGAGGAAGAUCUUAAUCCGGCUCUUUCCUGUCCCUUUCGCUUUGACUAAAUAUGUUACAUUGAUGGAUAUUCACUCUCUGGAUGUUUUAUACAAUUGAAUGUAAUCCAAAACAAGACAUCUGCAGAAACUCUUGAUUAAGUUUUUAGUUUUAAUGAUGAUGAUUUUUGAUGGGUUUUUGGCCUUAAUUGGAUUAGCCAGUCUAACAAAUAGAGAAAGUGGGUAGGACGCACUCCACAUCAUGUCAGAACUAGGAAAUGAUCCUAAAACCAAUGUGAUGAGGACUGUUGGAGACCAGCUGGGCCAAACCACCUCCCAAUGAGUGUCAUUUGAAGGCAUUUUGAUCAGUUAAGUGACAUGAAUGUGCUCUGUAACAAGCUCGAUUGUAACCGUGGGCUAUCAUGAAAAGCCUAGUUUGACAAUCUACGAUUCAUUAAGCACAAGUAGAAUACAGUGAUAUCCAACAGUGUCAGCAUUAGCUUUGGUGAACUGAGACUUGCUACAGCUGUGGAGAUAGAACACCUCCAUAAUGGGGAAUAUCAUAAUCAUGAUUAUUUUGACUGAUAUUGAUAAAAAACAAUAACUGAGAGGAAUAACUCACGUUUUUACAUCUCCAUCUCACACAUUUGAGUAACUUCAAACUCUUACUUGAAAAACACAAUAAGUGGUGAAAAUAACCAGUUGGCUGACCUUAUUACCAAAGCAUGACUGUCUGACAAACUGGAUGAUAUUAUAGAAAAGACUUGUAUGAAAAGGACCAUUUACACUUCCUCAUUUACCUUGAAGAGCUUUGGCUUAAUUUUGGUGAUAAUAUUCAGUAAAUCAAAUGCUGGAUUUUAAUUGUAGUGGAUUACUUUUACACCAUGGCAUAAACUGUUGAAGGACCUUGAAAGACCUUGAAAAGACUCUAAUCUUUAGUAUAAAUCUGCUUGUUUUAUUGAGUACAGUGCAUUUCAGAGCACAUGAAGAGGAUGACAACUACUGAAGUUGCAUAUACAGAAAAUAUCUAAUAGAUAUCGCAUUAAAUAAUUACUAUUUUGACCAGCUGUUUGUGACCUAUCCAGAACGUGUCCGUGACCCACCAGUUGAGAACCACUGAUUUAUAACAUAAAGACUUAUGGGUGCGUUUUAUUUUGAUUCAGAACGAUGUCUCUCACUUUUUUAGCCCCUGCAGUUGUUAACUCAUCACGUUUGUGUCCCUCAGUUUUUCAGGCACACACAUAUACACACAUUUCCUCCUGCUCCUCUCCUUGCUCUCCUCUCUCCACCUGUGGGUGCAUGAUAGUUUGCACCUCUAAUCCUCAACGUGUUGAAAAAUUCAGCGUCACUUCGAAACCUUUUUUACUUUGAUCCGAGCUGCUUUUAUGAAGGUUUAAAUAAGAGCUGUUUCAGGGGAGGAUGCACUUUAAUUAACUUAAAGAUGUCUCAGUAAACGUUUAGUCUCCAUUAUCAUAUUUUUAUAAUAGUAUGUGGAGCUAUAAUCGUAAUUAAAACCGGAUCAAUCACCUGGAUCUAGUAGAGAAACUCUGUGAGCUGGUUUGGUUUAAUGUAUAAUACAGAGAGUAUUCUAGUUCUCGAUCUGAAUUAUUGGUGAAUAUUAAAAAAUAUAUUUAAAAUUCUUAACUUUAGUGAAAAGAGGUUUUUAACAGAUUUAGACAAUGUAGGAGCCAUAAUGUCGCUUUGCUUAUCGGUCAUCCUGUGUUCAGUUACUUCUGUCUGGUUGCUUUUGGUUUCCCUGGGUUUGGGUCAUGUUGGCACCAAGUUUGAAAGCUGGUUAGUUAUAUAAGGGGAAGUCUUACCUGCACUGGGGUGGAGAGGUGAGCCUAGGUAGCCGUAAAUUUUGUUGACCGCGCUUUAUUUUCUUUGUUUUUUCGAUGAUACAUGUCCCAGAGUGUACACAUAUUACAUCGGAUGUGUGCGUGAAACAUUGGCGAUUGUGGAAGCGGUUUUUUUCUGAUAUUAAAGCUCUGAAAACUUUGAUGAAGCAGCAUGUCACACAAAUAUACAGGACCUAGUUUCUGCCUCAAGCCACUUUUUGAAGGUACUAGGAAAGCCGCAGUAGACGAACUCCAUCUCAUGAUAAAUGUGCUAAAAUUGAUGGAAAAACCUCUAUAUAUUUGGGUCUGUACUGACAUAACAACCAACUACAGUAUCAACAAACACUUUUGCACGUAACCAUGUUUGUUUAGGUUAACUUCACUGCUGAGUUGUUUCAUUAACAUCCAUUUUGGUUUCACAGGUGAUCGUAAUGAACUGACAGUGAAUCUGAUACAGUGUUUGUUUCCUCUUUCAGAUUAUGUAUUUUUCGAGAACUCCUCCAGUAACCCUUACCUGAUCCGCCGGAUAGAAGAACUCAACAAGGUAUCGAGUUGUUUGUGUCAUUUUGCGUGUGUGUGUCUGUGUUUGUGUCUUUUUCAUGCCCGGGGUCAAAUAGCUAGGAUUCCUCUCCGUCCCUUCCCCCCACCUCCCUGUUUCUUUGCCGCGAUGUUUGUGACUGGAUGUGUUUGUAAUAUGAUGAAAGUGACAGGUGUUCCCUUGUCUCCUCUUAACUGCCGUUGGUAUCACAGGACACGCCUGCGUAUGUGUGUGUGCGUGCGUGCGUAGGCGGAGUGCGUUAUUGUAAUGAACUCCUCUGGAGCUCAGAUAGCUUAUGACUAAAGAUCAGUUAAUACCAGCUCUGAAAGGAACCUGGCUUCGUGUUUUUUUUCCUUUUCAGCCAAUAUUUGAACAGUUGUAGAGUCACCUUUUUUUGAAGUAAUUUCCUAACAGUGUUUUCGAUCAGAACAGACAGAAAACUAAACUUCACAUUUAAAUACAAGAAAAGCACCGACAAAGUCUGUGAGAGGAGCUCGCCCUGGUUUCCAUUUACACUUCGAUACUGCGAUAAAUGCAUGUUAUUAUCAAAUGAUGUGGGUGGAGGAGUGUCAGAUCAGGUCACUCAGAGAAAACGACAUUUGAGGCCGUACAUUUAGAAGUUGUAAUAUUGAUCAGUGCUUAACGGGGAGGACACAAACACUAAACAGGAGCUCCCUACUGCAUGAUGCAAUAAAAAACAGUUUUCUGUACAAGAAAUAACGUUUAUAUAACGAGGCUAUACUUAAAAUCUCUCAUUUGAAAUUCCGUUAUUGAAACGAAACCCAUCUCCAGCCAGAGUAGUCUUUUAACAGCAUAUUCAGGUAUGACAUCCAUUUAAACUAAAACACCUGAAAAUGCAAAAACGCAGCACUCAUGUCCACUAGGAUUAUGUGUGUGCUGGAGUAAUGGAGGAACAGAUUGCCUGCUCCACAGAUGGCUGAUGGGUUGCAGGAAAAAAUACUCAGGAUUAAAAAAAAGGGCACGUGAAAACCAAGACCUGAAAGUUUUUUAGUUUGAACUGUUUAAAUGCUAAAUUGUCCUGAAAAACUCCUGAAAAUGUCCGUAAAGUCUCGGGUUGUGUUGCUCAGGUGAAAAGCAAACAACUGCAAAGUCAGUGAGCCAAAGUGAGAAUGCAGCAAUAAAUAUUUGCAGACUUCACAGCACAUAAGAGGAGGUUUAUCUGAUUUGAUUGGAUGAUCAACGAGCAACAGUGUCGGUCAGGACUCGUUUUUCUUUCUACACAGUCUCGUCUCGUCAACGUUAACGCACAUUCGUCUCGUCACAUUUUAGUCAUCUAAGACUUGCGCUUAGCUCGUCAACAUCAUAUCUUCGUCGUGGAAAAAAGUGCUGUCGACAAAAUAUUUUUGUAAACGAAAACAACACUGAUCGGAAUCAAACCCGGAAUCGUUCAUGAUCAACCCUAGUCAGAACUGGGUAGAAACACAUCAACAGUGACGUGAUCAUAUAAAGCCGUGUGGAUGAGAACCAUUUCAUAAACUUGCAACAGCUCUAUGAAGGUUUUCUAAUGUUGUGUGAGGCGUUCCUGUUAUUUCCUCCAUACCUGUCAGGUUAAUAUAUAUGUUCCAAGCUACAGUUUCCCCGGAAGAGCAGAAGACGUUGAAAGUGGUUAUAACCCUCCACCCCCACCCCACCUUGUCAUUUCACCCUUUCACUCUCCGUCGGUCAUGACAUUUACCGCUGCUUAAGUCUUUAAGCCUGUCUGUGUAAUUACACCAGCAGACAAUCAAUCAAUCAUCUGAUCAAAAGCUCUGUUGCUGGCCUGGUCAGCUUGUCAUAGCAGCAUGGCUUGAUGAGCGCGCAAAGGAGCAAGGUCUCUUGGGAAAUCAGAGGCUUGUACAGGAAGGUGCUACCAGCUCUGUCAGUCAACCCGGAUCUCUCUCUCUCUUUUUGUUAUAGACGGCCAGCGGGAAUGUGGAGGCCAAGGUGGUGUGUUUCUACAGGAGGCGAGACAUUUCCCACAGCCUCAUCCAGCUCGCAGACAAACAUGCAAGUGAGUAGUCGCUCCGGACGUGCAGAUUCAGACUUACAAGUUUUUUGUUGAGGUGUCACAUGAAGAUGAAUGAUCCAGUCCUCUACGAACUAGAUAGAGCUGUGAGAAAUCAAACCUACUCUCUCUCUCUUUCUGUGUCUCUCCCUGUAUGGAGUUUCACAUAACCUAAAAACUUACAUUUGAUGAGAAAAUGUAUGCCAGUGUGUGUUUGUUUCAAUGCCAAUCACAUCCCUGAAAACUCCGCGUGUGUUUGUAGAUGACUUUUCAGCAGGAAGCAGAGGAUUUGAGUGCGAUUGUGGUGAUUUUUAGAUGAAAGGAGGAGAGGAAAACGUGUUUUAUCACAUCAACACCUGCUCAGUGUGGGAGGCUUUUUAAUCGUUUCCAGAGAUGCUUCACUUUUUCCUUUGGUCACAAAUAAAAAAAACAAAAACAUGACUUUCUGUAAAUUAAAAUCCUGAACUCUAAGGAGAUGCUGGGUCAGACAGUCUGUAUGAUUUAGAGUCAGCUCUGACGGAACAACAGGAAUGUAUUGUGUGACUAAAUACUACCCUCUGUGAAGAGAGACCGUUUGUGGAGAACCAGUUUUUCUCAUUUGGCUUGACUCUGUAAACAGGCAGCCGUCUCAAGCCAAAAAAACAAAACCAAACAAUAUGCAGGGACAUAUGCAUUCAUUGACACACGCUACCAUCCCCGCAAGACUUGAAAACAGUCGUCCACCAGCUGGUUCAAAACAAAGACAAGAAUAACGACAUUAUCACUCUCUAAAAGAAAUCUCACAUAUCCUGAAAAUGUCCGGGAAAAUUUUAAGAGGAAGACUAAAAGCAGCAAAAAUUCUGUUUUGAUGCAUCUGAAAAUCAAAACAGAUUCAGCAAACUGUUAGUGAAGAAGUUGAGAUCCAAAACUAUGAAUAUGUUUAAAGCUCCUGUGAGGAAUUUUCAGUUUGUGUAAGUUCUGGCGCCCCCCUGUGGGCAAAACAGCCUUUGCAUAACUUGUCCUCUACCUGCUUGAGAAGAAAAAUCUCAGUCUGAUUAUUAAGAGUUUAAUUUGUCAUUGAAUGUGAACAUUUUUGUAAAAUUAAGUUGUUUCAGUCACUAAAAACAACAAUAUGAAAAUCAUUAAAAGGUCUCGCUAUCAUAAAAAGGCAUCAGUAUGAAUUUCUGUAUAUUUAAAAAGACAAUAAAACUCUUUAUUGGAGCUUUAAUAAGUAGUAAAUUCUGAUUUCAGAGGAUUUCAGAGAAAGCAGCGGUGCUGUAAGGCCCUGAUCAGACAGAGUGUUUUUCCAGGUUAGAAAAUUUCAAGUGCACCUCCACGCUGCCUUUUUGAUGAAGAGGGAAAGCACUUUCAUCUGACAUUUGAUUAUGAUACAUCUGCAGGGACACCUUCUUUCAUGUCCCUCUCCCAAAAAUCUCGAGUGCCACAUGAAUUUGCUUUUUCAACUAGUGCCAUUGAGCAUUUGGAAAAAAAAAAACUCCAUCACAUCCUCGGAAAUUAUCAGCUGUCAGGAAAAAAAAAACACCUUGAUUAGUCAAGGAUGUUCCAGCUCACAGCGCUUCAGCAAAACCGGCACUUCUGAGUCUCUAAGAGCACUUACUGGGAAAGAAAACCCGAUGAAAAAGGACUCAACUUUAUGAUAGAGACACGCUCUGUAGAGCUUUUCCCAAGCCCUUUCUCUCGCAUGUCAUGCAGAUAAUUUUCAGUCAAAUCACUGCACAGAACAGGAGAUCGCUUCGGUCAGUUUACCUUAAUCUCAAGUAGGGCUGGGCGAUAAACUGGAAAUUUACAGAUACUGAAAUUUAUGACAAUAACCAACGUCUUUUUGCCCAUAUAUGUAUAUUCAGCGUAAAAAAAAUAAAGAAAUAAAAGAUGGUUUUGGAUGUGUGUAGGUAGGCUAUGGUCUCAUGUCCCUUUUAAGACGCUGUUAAGAAACUGCUCAAUAUAUCGUGACAUUGAUUUGAGGCCAUACCACCCAGCCCUAAUCUCAAUAGUGUAACCUCUUUUCGAUUAGGCCAUGCAGAUGUUUUUACUUUGACAAUACGUAAAGUUAAAGUUAGUUAAAAUUUCUUCUCAGAGUUUGUGACAGUUUUCUCUUUGAUGCAUCCAUUUUAUCAACCACUAAAAAGCCCCUUGGCAUGUUCAGGUCUGUGAGUUAGCAAAUGGUCAUUAACUAAAGCGAAAAAUAGGCAAUAAUCUUCCUGUAGUUGUUAGUGGUUUUGCUGGUGGAGAAUUUCAGUAUUAAAAAGCCACAGCAGUGAAAAAAUUAGCAAUUGUGCCUGUCAACAAAAACUAUAAAGGAGCAUUUUACUUCUGUUCAGUAAAACGAAGAACAGCUGGACCAAAUAUUCAAAACAAAGAGAUGAUCUUACACUCGGAUACAGGGAUAUAAUAGUAUCAGAAUCUGACAGUGUGAUCAUAUUACUGUAAGAAGUCCACAAUAAUGUAUUUAAUGCAGGAACAGAAAGAUGAAAACUCUGAAAAAAAAGCUCCAUCUCUAGCUCUGAAUAGCUCUUGAAGUCCAUCCAUUCAUCUGUGGUGAGUGAGAUGCUCUCAGCUCUCCUCCGGCUCUGUGUAACUUCAGCCUUUGUCUCUCUUUGCAGAGAGCUGGUAUUGGUGUUUGACUAAAGUGUGGUUGUGAUUGGAAUUUAAACAUCGGUUUAAUCGGGUUUACUAACCUCUGAAUCCCUCAUUGCUGACCAAAGAAAGUGUCUGCAGGUCGUAGAGUCUGCGAUACAUCUUGUGAAAACUUGCAGUGUUACAGGAUAAAAGUGAGGCUGGAAGUGUUCGCUUUUUUUUCCCCUUGUCCUCUUGAAUCUUUUCAAAAUGACGAUUUGCUAAGUGGUUUCUCAUUUUACUUUUAUUACCCGACAUGAAGGUCUCCACAGUCUUUUUUAAUUUUGUUUACCGUCACCUCUUCUUCUUUCUAAUAUCUGUACGCGGGGAAACCAAAAUGCCACACACCAAAUCUAAAAGCUCCCGAAGUAUCACGAUUUCUAAAUCAUCUCAUUCUUUUGCCGAGGCAGUGAGCAGAGGGGUGAUGGUCUCUGCAGCUCCCAUUUCCUCCUUUAUCUCUGCUCCACUGCUGCCAAAACAUAACGACACUUUUUGCCCAGAAGACCUAUUGUUUCAUACCGUCACAUUGACAAUACAGUUUACACCCAUACCUAAAUGUGAGCAUUAACAGCCAUCUAAAAAUGUUGAUCCAUCCACAGAGGGAAGUUAAAAAAAAGCUGUUUCAGCCGCAGAGCUUAUUACACUUGCAUACAGCGUCCUGAACCCCCUGAAAGCAGGAGUUCACUUUUCCACCUGUCUCAGUUUUUAAGAAGAGCAGCUGUGUCCAAAACUGUAUCUUCCUGUCAGGAGUUUCAAACGUAUGCCCACUUAACACCGUGAUUACUUUUGCAUCCUGAAAUAAGACAGCAGGCGUGGGGUUGACCUUUUCUCCUCUCUGUUUCUGUCUGUCAUGAUUCAGAGGUUUCAGACUCAAGCGCUCCUAAAAAAUAGUCUUAAACCUCAGUGUUCACUGUUUUGUCCUGUUAAAUUAAAUACCUAGAGCUUUGAAAUGUUAGAAAAUAGUCUCCUUUACCUUUUCUGGGUCCUCUAAUUAGGGCUGGGCGAUAUGGGAAAAAAAUUAUCACAUCAUAAUUUUUGAUAUCGUUAUAUAUCACGAUAUAAAAAUUGAAAUUCAAUUCGUUUAUUGGUAGCAUGUCUUUUGCAAUACAAUAAGCUACUGCAUCUGUGAGGCCUCUGUGUCUCUUCGAUGUAGAGCUGCAGCUAUCGAAUAUUUUAGUAAUCAAGUAUUCCACCGAAUAUUCUAUCGAUUACUUGAUUAAUUGGACCCAAACGGCAGACUCACAUAAAGUUAGAUUUCCUAUAGCCCCAGCAAUGAAGGCCAGACUAGGAGAAAUAGAGGACAAUGCUCGUAAGAAAGCUAAUUAUGAUGUUAACUUUCAUCAUGUCCUCAAAGACAUUAGUGUCGGAGAGAUAAAUAGCUGCUAUGUUACCUGCUUCUGUUACGACACCAGCAAUGUUAGGCUACAAGCUAGUGUGAAGAGAAUUGUGCAGAGCAGCGCAGUCUUGACCAACGACUCAAAAGGCUAAGUGCUAAUGAACUACUGGAGCUCUGCACAAGAAAACAGUGUUGCUAACUCCUCAGUAAGGAAAGUCACUAGUGGCUGUCGUAAAAGUAGCUAGAAGUCGCUAAGACGUCAUCGCCUAAUUUGCAUAAUUUCUCAGUCAAACCCCGGAGGAUUGGAGGGAGGUGGAAAGGUGUUCUUUGGGGUGUCUGUCUGUGUCUGUCUGUGUUUUAGAAGAGUAUUAAUGAAACCUGCUUACAUGUUAGAGUCUCUAAACUCCGGAAAAAUUCGCUAGAUUUGUAGCGAGGCGCUUUCUGAUAAUAAUUCGCCUGGGGGGUCUGAAAAGUUGCGAAAGUCGCUAGGUUGGCAACACUGCAAGAAAAGCCCCUCGCAUUAUUUAUUUUUCCGCUCUGCAAAACCUAAAGAGCACUUACUCCUCCUUCUAUCGUGGUGACGUAAGCGCAUUGUGUCACCUUCAAAAGAAUCUGUGUGAAACAGUGACGAUUUGAGCUUAUAAACGAGAACUCGAGGCAGAGACGAUUCCUCGAUUAUUAUUUAUAAUCAAGGUACUCGAGGUAUUCGAGGAAUUGUUUCAGCCCUACUUUGAUGUUUUAUCUUCACCGUUUUGUUAAAGUGCUAUGGUUGUGUGUAGUUGUAUCCUGCUACUACUCAGUUGUUUGCUACUUGGUGCUAAUUCAGCACAUGAUUGGUUCAGCGCGAAGUUGACCCCAAACUCCCUUAUUCAUUGGCCAUUCGUAUAGUCUAUUAGAACAUGACAGAAUGCUGGCUAUUGAAAAGCAUAUUGACCAUGUUUGAUAUUGAUACUGAGGGAAAUUAAUUUUCGAUGUGUAUCGUAAUGGUUUUAUCGCCCAGCCCUACCUUAAAUGUCUUCCUCUUGCAGAGAAAUCAGUUCACUGUUAUAAAAGAGGAAAAUAUUUUUUGUUUAGAGGUUGGAUUAAGACAAUACUCCCCUAAAAAGUCCCUUACACCAAUUUUCUGAUGAAUUCAACAUUUGGCACUUAGUUGAUUCCCCGUCGAGGAUCCUUUCCAUUACUUGCACUUUUCACCCCGCCUAUUCAAAAACAGUUUAUUCCUGCCCUGGGACUGUUUGUGCAAACUACUUCUCUUUAAACACACGCUGGCCUCUGGCCUGGAGGGUUUGACACUAUGAAAACAAACUCGGUUAAAUCUUGUCACACCACGGUUUAAGGUGUAGAUUAAAGUUUUUACUGUGCACCGAAAAGUGACAGAAAGAGCGAAAACUGGAAAAUGCAGCGUUUGAAUCCUGUGUGUUUUUUAGUCUCUCCUCUAGGACUUCAUGGUUUGCUCUGUCAUUCACAUAAAAACGGAGAGAUCGAUUGUUAAGAAUGGGGAAAAAAAAAAUCAAAAAGGAGAGACUCAAAGCUCGCCUUUAGUCGUCACACCUCCACAUCGCCGGCAAUCGAUGGCGUGAAGUGGGCGUGUGAGUGUCAGGUUGUGUUAAUAACAGAAAGGUGUGGGAGGAGGGGGUUUCCGAAGCUCUCUCACCAUCCCUGCUCUGAAGGUGUCGUGAAUAUCUGGAUAUCAGCAGGGGUUUGACGCCGUACAAGAGCCAGUACUCACUCCUGAAAACAACCGAUGUAAUCAUAAGAUGUUACAAACUCUGAGGAGAGUCUUGAUUUAUCGGAGUGUUUGCCUGCAGAGAAGAGCAACAGUGAUUUAAAUGUUUAUCUGAUGCGCUGUGCUGACUCAGCUGCGGCUAAUUCGGUGUUUAUAGAUGAAUGCACUCGUCUUAAGAUAACAUAUCCAGUAAUAACCCUAAGUGUAAUAGUCAGGGUGUCUCAAAUGAAAGAUGGGAGCAAUACUUUGCGACUGUGAAGCUUUGAUUUAUCUUGGUGUGAAACAUUAAACGGUCACGUGAUUUUGAUAAUGAGUCGGUCUAUUUAUUCAUCAACAGUGAACAGUCUUCUUUCGUGUCAUCGACUCUCAGUCGGCACAUCUAUACUGUCUGCAACACUGUCUCUUUUAAAGCGAGUCCUGAUGGGAGCUCUGCCCUGUGUUUUUGUCUUUCUGCAGAGGAGCUGGAAGAAGAGAAGGAGAAUCCGACAGAGACAGACCUAACAGAUAAACAGAAACACCAGCUUCGCCACAGAGAGCUCUUCCUCUCCCGGCAGUACGAGAGUCUACCUGCGACACACAUCAGGUACAGCACGAAGUCUCCCAAGGACCUGGGGUUAUGCCAAUCGUCAAUAUUAAUCAGUGUCUUUAAUUGUCGCCAAAGGGAGUGUGAAAAAACUGUCAGUUUGAGGAUCAACCAGAUGCAGGGUUCCUACUAGAGGAUGACUUUUUUUGGGAAUUCCUGUGGGUCACGUGAUUCCCGUGGGAAUCCCACUGGAUGGGAAUCAUUUUUUAAUUAAUCUUGUGAUCGGGACGGGAAAAAAAGCAAAGGGAGCGGGUAGGAGCGGGGACAACAUUAAUAGAUGAUCAUUUUCAGCGGUGUUAAACAACCAGAUGAACAGAUGCGUCCAUUUUUGUAGUCAUCUCUCAGUGAGAGUCAAAACAAAAGAACUACAACAGUGGUUUGACUUCCUGUCACCACCGGAAGUGAAAAGCGACUUGCACUUUUACCUAAAAUUUUUUAGUAAUUCUGAAAUAAAAAAUGCAACGGGAGCGGGACAGGAGUGGGAGUAAUUUUAAGUGGGAGCGGGAUGGGAGUGGGAGUCAUUCUACAGGAGUGGGAAAGGACAGGAUUAAUUAUUUUACUCCAGUCCGGGAUUGGGACGGGAUGGGAUUUUUUUUCUGGGAGUGGGACGGGACAGGAGUGAAAAUCCGCUCCCGUGUCAUGCUUUAGUUCCUACGCAAGUAUGGAAAUAAGUUGAUUGAUUUCCAGGUCCCAAAAAGUAUGAAAAAUGAAAAAUAAAGUAUGGAAAAAUAUUAAUAUUUCUAGACGAUAACCACAGGUGUAAAACAGAAAAGUAGGUAUUUCCAAAAGUAAUCCUAAAAAGUAGGGGUACGGAAAAGAAUGGAAAUUCCAGCUGUGUAGGAAUCCUGCAGAUGGUUUAUUACAUUAAACUUCAGAUCCUUAACACCUGUUGCACUUCUUAUCUUACAUUAUAAAUCAUUAUAACCUGCAGCAAAACUGAAUUAAGUCGUUAAAUAUGAAGAAUCAGCUAAACUCCUCCUCUGCAGACUCACUGUCUCCACAGGUUGUCCUGCUCGGCUACCUCUGACAAAGUGAGUUUUUUUUUUUAAGUGAUUAAUAGUCAGAGGUCUUAAAACACUUGUUAAUGUAGACACUAGUUUCCAGUCAGGGCCUCUUAAAGCUUCAGGUGAGGGUCUGUAAGCUGAGCUACUGCCAACAACUGCGUAGGUUAGAUUUCCUCAUGAAAGAUCAGCAAAUAAAUUCACAUCAGGCUCAAAAUCUUUGUCGUGUCUCAUACACAAGUUGUCAGUUAAUGGAGGUGGGUGUGUCUGAGAAAGGAGACCGGCUUUUGUUGCCUCCUCUGCUGUGUUUUCCAUCCAUAAUGCAACAUUUUUUUUAGCAAUCCCCCCAGCAAGAUUGCUUCAUCAGGCUUUAUCCUUUGUCACUCUCACACACACACACACACACACACACACACACACACACACACACACACACACACACACACACACACACACACACACACACACACACACACACACCUUCUAGACCCGAGUUCUCAUCACCUGCAGGCAGUGCCCAUGGAUAGUCACUCAUCCAGCCAUGAAUAGACAGAACUACCACUGCUCACUUCCUGUCUUUGUGACUUGCAUCAUUUUUUUCCCUCCCUCUCUGUGUCUCUCUGUCUGUCUCUCUGUCUGUUAGGGGAAAGUGCAGUGUGGCUUUAUUGAAUGAGACUGAAGCCGUUCUUUCAUACCUUGACAAAGAGGUGAGUCAGAGAAAAGAAAACACAAGGUGUCAGCUCUUUGUUUGUGCAUGCUGAAGGCUGCCUGUGUGUCAAAGCAGGUCUAGGUCAGACUUCGUCUUUUUUUCAUUCCUUUCUUGUCCAAACAACUCCGAGAAACCUCAAGAACUGAAACUAACAAUAACUCUCAGUCUUGAUUUUACUUUGUAAUUAUCAUUUUGAGGAUAAUUUGUAAUUUUUUGAUAUAAUAAUCAGAUUUUUUUAACUUUAAAUCAUCACAUAAGAGAAGAAAAACUGGAAGCAGUCCAAAGAAAAACUGUGUCAACGUUAUUUUCGUUUGUUUUCUGAUCUGAAAAUUAAAUUUAAGGUUUCCACCUACGUAUAUCGUGCCUAACGGGUUUGUGUUUCCACCAGGAUACGUUCUUCUACUCGCUGGUGUACGACCCGACACAAAAAACUCUCCUGGCCGACAAAGGGGAGAUCAGAGUGGGACCUCGCUUUCAGGCAGACGUACCUGAGAUGCUACAGGAAGGUGGGUCUGAGCUGGACUCGCCGUGCGUGCUAAUUUAUCACACCGAUGUUUUUCUCUCACCUCAUUAUCAACAGCUGAUGUGUUUGUGCGUGUGGGGCGUCUCAAAGGGUAUACAGAGCAGAAAAGCUGUUGUCGUGUUGAUGGGUGAGAGGAUGCAUGCUUUGUUAAGAUAAAGGACGUAAUGGCAGCUAUGUUUUUUUGUUAUUUCAAUCUCAUUUUUUGCACGUAAAGCUUUCAAGUCUUUCUUAAUCUUCCCCGUGAGGUUCAAGUGUCAAAUAUUGUUCGUGUGAUGGCUGAUGUAACACUCGAUGUGGAUUGUGUAUCCAACUCUAAGCAUUAUCAGGGAUUUUUGAUGUUUUGAAACUGUCUCUGCCCUUUUUUUUUUAAACAGUCCUCUAGGUUGAAGUUUUACAGCCCACUAAACUGUUUCUUUGAAGCCCCAGAGCCGAAUGUCUUUAAAUCAGUUAUGCUUUAAAAUAUUUAAGAGUCUCAUUAUAAAAAAAAAAAAAAAGACAAAAGCAGCCAGUCUCCUCUGACUCUUAUCAUUAUUACCAUCAUUAAAGCUUAUAGCCGAUGGUGUGCAGGGUUUAAAGUAGCGGUGAAAACAGCAGCUGCAGAAAGAGUGGAGUCAUGAUUAAAACAUGAUCAAAACCAGAAGAUAGGUGUUUGGUUUUUGAAUUUUCAACCUGUUGUAGAGCCACCGUGUGUGAGCUGAGCCGUAUUCAUCAGGUCCAGGCAACAGCACACCAUUAAGGCCGUCUGCUAGGGCUGCACAAUUAUCUCAAGGUUUUGGCCUUUCCGUGAUCAAAGACACACGGGGAUUGAUCUUACUGCAGAGAACUGAUUAAGAGUGUGAAAAGAACACAGGUUUCAUUUUUUUGAUGAAAUUUCUUAUCAGUGUUUUUACUCUCCAACACAAACAAGCACCUGCCCUCGUCUCAGAGUGGCUUCUCCUGCUCAACCUCUCCUUUUUACUUCACUUUUAUGCGUCUGAUCUGUUGACAACACUGUUCUAGGGCUGUAAUCAACUAAAGAAACUCUUGGUCGAUUUUUCUGACUCUGACGGCAAACGCUUCUGUGAGCGAGCGAUGACGUGGCUUGGUCGGCAGGGUUAGGGUUAGGUGAAAAUAUACUGAUACCAGCACAAGAAGGCACUUAAUCAAACUUCAAUCAAACUUUAUUUUUAAAGCACUUUUCAUACAUGUAAUGUCGCAUAAAGUGCUGUCCAUUCAAGCAGGAUAUUAAAAACAAUGAAAUAAAAUAAAUGAAAAUACAAAUGCCAAACCUCACCCAGCCUUCCAGCCCCUGUUCAUUACAUACAGCACUCACACACUUACACACACACACACAGAUACAUACACAAAAGACCAGGUGAGGACUCCUUAACUUGCUACAAAUGACUGAGGAAACACUAUUUAAGUUGAAAGAAAUGAGGAAACAGUGGAUCUAGGACUAAAACAAUAAGACCAUAAUAAUAUAUAAUAAAGGUGAAAAAGCGUUAAAAACUUAAAUAGAUAAAUAAAACACAAAAUAAAUAAAACACUUAAACGCAAAUAUUGAAUUCAGCAAACCACCGGACGUUGAUUUACAUGGACGCUCUUCAAUCUUCCUGUCUACAGUCGGUCUCCAGUGGGUUGGGUGAAUCCAAACUGAUGAAAACAAGGGGGGUGUUCUUCGACAGGCUGUUACCUGUGAAAUAAGGGUGCUCUGAAAACACCCCCGUUAGCACUUAGUAUAUUCCUCCUGAUGAAAUUAACCAUACACUGUAAAUUGACACAGAAAAGAAACGAGUCGACCAAUCAGAAUUUUGGUUGACUCAGCAUGUAUCGACCGAUAACUCGACCAGUCGACUAGGGCUCCGAUAUUGACAAAUUAACUGGAUCGGAUAUCGGAUAAAUGAUGCCGAUUCAGCGUUCUGAUCCAGCCUUUUUUUUUUCUUUUAAUACAUUUUUCUUCUAAUACAUGGAAGUCUUAAUACUUUUUGCUGUGUGCCAAUGUGCAAUUUGGCAUUUGUUGAUAAAUAAUAUUAAGUAAAUUUAUAUUGCUGUUAAUUUGUUACCUUAUUUUUUAACACAGCUAACAUAAAGCCUGAUGCCUUCACUCACAGGGCAAGGUAUACAGUAUACAGUUCAUUCAUUCAACAGUAGUAUUGGAUCGGUAUUGGAUAUCGGUCGAUAAGCUCAGUCCAGGUAUUGGUAUUGGAUUGGAUAAAAAAAAAAAAUUGGAUCGGUGAAUCUCUACAGUCGACUAGGACUUUACAGCCCUACACUCACACUCUAUUCCAGUGUGACUACAAAUGAUCUGCAUGUUGUCAAUAACGAAGCAUAUUAUCACAGUCUAGGUGUGUGUAAGUGAAGCAGAGGGAUAGAGUGAGCACAAGGAGCAGAAAACAAAACUAUUCAGAGUUGCUUAGGUACAUCAUGCUCGCCCAUCUCCUCCUGUGAAUGAUGUGUUUUUAUCGUGCCUUUUAUUGUACCUGGUUAUUGCAUUGUUGUUCCUGCAGGAAUUUCAUCUGUGACUCAGUGAGUCUGCUUUCUCUCCCUGUUUACAGCUCUGUGGAUUGUAUUUUGUUCAUAUGAACCCCUUUGUUACUUUUGUCUGCAAAUAAAGCUACCUUACUAACUUAUUUAAGCGGUCGUCUCCGUGCGCCCUGCAGGUGAGGCCGACGACAGGGACCAGUCCAAGCUAGAGGAGAAGCUGUGGGAUCCAGAGUGUCCUCUCACCAACAAACAAAUAGACCAAUUCCUGGUGGUGGCACGGUACGUAGUCCUCACCUCUGAGCAUGCUGAUUGGUCAGCUGCUGCAUUUGUCUGUGCAUGUAUUAGAAAAAUGGAACUUUUAAGAUCAAAACUUCCCGCAUCAAAAACGCGGCCUCCUCUGCAGAGAAAGUAAACUGGCAUUGUUGUGUUCCCUGGAUGUUUAUAGAGAAUCAGUUAAUAUUUUAAUACUUCAUAUUUAUAGUGAUUUAUUUAUUGUAAUCUGUUAUUUUGGAGAGGAAAAAUAAUGCUUAAAGUUGAAUCAAUUAUUAACAGCAGCAGCAGCAGCGUUUGUAUUUGAAGUGAAAUAUUGUUCUCUAAUUCGCUGCCUUUUAUUCUGUUGCCUCCUUAUUACUGGAAGCGUAUUCAAAGCCAUGUGUUGGCGUCUGUAAAACAAACAAUGAGCCUCACUGACAAAGAUGUAUGACAUUGCAGUAAUGAACUCUUUAUUUUGUGUUUUUGUGUGUGUGUUCGCAUCAGGGCGGUGGGGACCUUUGCUCGAGCGUUGGACUGCAGCAGUUCAGUCAGACAGCCGAGCUUACACAUGAGUGCAGCUGCAGCCUCACGAGAUAUCACACUGGUGAGUCGGGCACGCAUAAACAGCGCAGAGACGCACCUGAUCGUGUCACUGACGACAUAUUAAACCCGCCGUUCUCUGUCGAUUCUGCGCGCAGUUCCACGCGAUGGACACGCUUCAUCGCCACAACUACGACCUGUCCAGCGCGCUGAGUGUGCUGGUCCCAGCAGGCGGCCCGGUGCUCUGCAGGGACGAGAUGGAGGAGUGGAGCGCCUCAGAGGCCGCCAUGUUCGAGGAGGCACUAGAGAAAUACGGAAAAGACUUCAACGACAUCCGGCAAGACUUUGUAAGUGUCUGUUGAGGUUUCACGGGACAUCUAGCACCUGCUAAAGUUUGCUAUAGAAAGAUUCCAGCCACCGUUAUCAUCUUCUUUUCUAAAAAAAAGUAUUAUCUUUAUGAAAUUGAGAUCCUGAGAUAGUCUGCAGAUAUCAAGAUUCUUCAUAUAAGCGAGCCUACAGCAGCGCCGUAAUAAAGCUGUGCCUUCACUGCACCUUUGUGCCUUUGUAUUGAAUCUGCCGCUGUGUAAUACAUGUGUCCCAUUGAGUUGAUUUAAAUUUGGUUAGAGCUUCACAGAAGCGCAAGAUGUGAACCGCCAUCUGGAGUUUCUAGGGAGUGUAAUGAUGCUUUAUAUUACUUUUGAAAAUCAAUUCAAAUAAAAUACAAACUAAAUCCAUACGGCGAAAAUAAAACAAUGAAAUAUUGCGACGCUCUUCUUCGUCUCUCGUCCAACAAUAUGACAAAUCUUGUACAGGUAGCUGGGAAGACGUGGCGAGCUGAACAAAGUGAGGUUUUGUAAAGAGUCUAGCUUCAGAUCAGGUCUACAAGGGCAAAGAAGUUAACAUAGACGACCAACGCAGAUUGCAAAGAGUGAUAGAGACUGGCUAAACAAAUUUACACAACCAACUUGUAGAAAUGUGCGACAAUCAGUGCGUUUACAUGUACAGCUUAAUCAGACUAAGCUCAUAAUUCUUUAUUUUGCCGAAUCAGACUUCUCUCCUUGUCCACGUUUACAUGCAGCUGAGAAAAUCGGAUUAUUGACGUGAACGUGCCCUCCUUCCCAAAACUAGGGGGCGAUAUGGACCCCAUACGACCGUCAACAACGACAGCAGGUCUGUGUCAGACGUCAGAAGUGGCUACAACUGCUGCUGGUCAUUUUUCGAGCAAGAAGAUGGAGAAUCGUACAGCGUUGUUUUUGCCGUACAUGAUGUACACGCUACUUUUUCUGCAUGCUACUCCACUUCUCUGGUGUUUUUGUUCCGGAGUCAUGGGGGUGUGGCGCAGGGGCACAUGCGUUGUCCGAUCAUACUCCGACUGCGCUGGUUACAUGGUAGAGAAAAUCGGAUUCCAAUCAUAUUAUCUGGGUGUCUUAAUCGGAGUUCUCAAACACCGAUCAGAGUCGGAUAAAGGUGUUUACAUGCACUUCAGUUGUCCGGUCUUAAUCUAAAUAAGGCGAUAAUUCAGUUUUCUUGAGUGUCAUGUAAACGUACUGACUGAACAAUGGAGACAUCAGAGAUCGUAGGAAGCAGAUUUGAAAUGCCUCUUGCCUGAAUGAGUGGAAAAAGCCGUUAUUAUCUCACAGUCAUAGAUUGCAGUAUUGUUCACUAUUAUAUCAAAUUCACAAUUUCACCGAAGCGCGCAACAGUUGUGAAAAGUUGAGUCACUUGAUGAGGAGCUGAGUCUGUGCCUGCACGCCUGAAAAACAUCUGCUAGUUAAGAGAGGGGAUCAUUUAUUUGAUUUGGGAUUUGUACCGUCAUCUCUGCCGUGUUAUACUGAGCCCCUCUCACCUCUGCUGCACCGUCUCUUUCUAACUCUGCCUUAAUGAUGGGAAAAAACUUGGUUCUCCCGUCACGCCUUGGCGACAUUUGCAUUGAGAGUCCUGCCUGCUGUACCGGCACUAAAAAGGCGAUCAUUUCCUCUGAUGUUGGAGGGUGGAACGCUCCCUCUUUGUAAGCUCUAAAAGGCGCCUUUUCACUCUGAAACUCUCAGCUGCGGUUAGUUCGAGUUCAUAAAUCAUUUUGUCCUCGCUGAUGUUUUGAGGUAUGAAAGUGUCACAUUUCUAUAAAUCACUCCUCCAGCUUGAUUCACUUCGCUGUAAAAUAACUCACUCUUUGUGACAAACAUAAGCACAAACUCCGGCGUUUACACAGAUAUCGAUUCACGUCAGUUAUUAUCCACUUUGCUGGUUUUAUACUGGAACAACAAUGCUCUACUGUACAGUUUGUACCUCUUCAUACUGAAGAGAUACUGACCGUUACUUCGGUGACUAUUUCAUCCUGCUGAGCUCGACUUCACCCUCCCGCUCUUACCUAAUCUGUACAGUAAAGGCAGGAUAUGGGUGUACACGGUGGCACCAGGUGCUCAUGAAUACUUAUUAAAUGUGUGAAUCAUUGUGUGUGCACGUAUGUGUGUGUUUUCUCAGAAUCAGGCAAAGCCGGUAGCUUUUCAGCCUCUGUGGUCACGAUGCCUCUCACUCAUGAAUAAACAUGAAAGCUUUUCGCACCCAGAUGGCAAGAACACGAGAUAUUAAUAUCAUUAAUUUGCUCUCUCUCUCUCUCUCUCUCUCUCUCUCUCCCCUUUCUCCCUCUCCACCUCUCUCCUCACCUCUCAUUCUCUCUCCUGUUGUGCAGCUGCCAUGGAAGUCCCUGACGAGCAUCAUAGAGUACUACUACAUGUGGAAGACCACAGACAGAUAUGUGCAACAGGUGAGACGCAUCAGAGUUGUCAAAGGAAGACAAAGAGAUGCUGAACCUGAAAAGGAAAAUAAAGUUUACAGUGUGAGGCAAUCGAGUUUGCAACCUAGUUAGUCUACGACAUAAUGACUAGUAUUUUUCAUUAUAGCUUUCCACAAUUUUAGAUUGACCAUACGUCUUCUUUUACCGGGACGUGUCCUCUUUACAGAAGUUUAUAAUAUCCUUCAAAUAUCCGGUGUUUUGUAUGGAAGUUUUGAGUUUGUGUCGCGUGGACUUACUGAGUUAGAAGUGCGUAAAAAACACUCGAUCCGACCCGGAAAACUCUUAAAAUUAACUACGUGCAACUCUGUAGUCGUGUCCUCUUUUUGUGAAUUCAGAAUAUGGUCACCCUACACAACUCCCAAGUUAAACCCCAGCAACCUUCACCUUCCUCAGGGCUUUAACCCCUCCUUGAAAAUUCACAUCACAAGAUAAUCAGUUUGACAAAUCUUUGGCCUAACUUUUUGCUGCAAGGGUUUAAGUGUUUUUUUAUGAAUGUCAAAAACUCCUUAGAGGAGCUUUAAGCUCGCAUGUCUUGUUGAAGUUUCCAGUCGUCUGUAUUCAUGUUUUAAACAUGUCUGAAGUUUUUAUUCUGAAUGUUUUCUGUCGCGUCGAAUCUGCCGGCGCACUGCAGAUGGGCGCUCGUGAUUUAGUUCUGCACUUAGAGGAGAAAGAUAAAAGUUAGGAGGCUGCAGGGGACAGGUUUUAAUAAAAAAUGAUUAAAUAUUGCCGUGGAAAAAAAUUUGGAUCCCACAGUGCAGCCUCUUUAAAGUCAUUUCAUCGCUUUUUCUAUUAGAUGUAUUAAAUCAUCUUAGAAUUUUCUCACACAGAUUCGGUGUCUUCAGAGUUCCUUUUUAGGUCUAGGAAAGCUCCCUCUCUCCAGAGUCGCAGCAAAAGUUUUGACAUUGUUUUCGACUCUCUGACUCUCCGUCUAAACGACAGAUUUGAAUCAAGAGCAGAAACUGAAAAUGAGCAGAUGUUGGAAAGUGUUUGGGUGACCAGCGGAAAUGAAAUAGAUAGUUUUUGAGUUGUUUUAAUCCUCAGAUUGAGAGCAGGUAUUUUUUUGAUUAUCAGCAGACAAUGACUGAAACUAACACUUGUAAAAUGGAGAGGGGGAAAAAAAAACUUGGCAAAUUUUCGGAUCAUCUGUGAUUGGCAGGCUGACGGAGAUUACAUCAUUAUGAAAGGUGUCAAAAUGUCUGACAGGGUUUUUUUUUUUUUAAAUGAAAGACAGGCAUCUGUGGCAUUGUUUGUUUUUUAAUGAAUGAAUCUGUUUUCCGAGCAGAAGAGACUGAAGGCAGCGGAGGCAGAGAGCAAACUGAAGCAAGUUUACAUCCCCACAUAGUAAGUCACUCCGCCUCACAUGUGAUGUGUCUUUACUGCGGCGUGAACGCUAACGUGUUUAUUAAAUCUCUGCUGUUGUCUCCUGUCCGACAGUAACAAGCCCAACCCCAACCAGAUCUCUAUGACCAACGGCAAGAUGGCCACAGUGAACGGAGCGGGCCCCGGGGCCUACCACGCUGCGGGCGGGGGCCGAGCAUGCGAGAGCUGCUACAGUGAGUUUUUUAAAAGAGAGAAAGAGAGCGAGAGCACGCUUAAGCAAAGGGAGUGUGAAAUUAAAUCACAAAGGUAGUGAACAUGAGUCGGCGAGAUAUGAAAGGCAAACCAACGACCAGAAGAUUCAUCGUCAGUAUUGAGCUUUCGCUCUUCUUUUCGCUCUUGAAGAGAUGCCGCUCAGCCUUUUUCUCCAUCAGUGCUUAUUUAACCUGACAGCUGGGACUAAUCUACUGAUCAAUACCUGCUUUUGCCAUCGAUUCUGCGUAUCAGCACCUCGGAGCAAAGUCUGAAUGUUCUGUGCUUCAGAUUAGGAGCUCUGUAGGUUUUGUUCUCUCCGUGAACUCACAGAACAAAAAGACAAACACUUGUCGUCUUGUGAUGUCCUUUUAUAUAAAUGUUUAAGACGACUUUCCCGGCUUCUGGCUAUUAUUGGAGGAGACAGUGGGAGAUAAACAUGAUGUACAGACUGAGGGGAGAGAGUAGAGGAUGGUAUGUAUCAUAUAGGGACUGGACAGUGAGUCGCAUAAAGGCAAACCUGGUAAGGGUUGUUAUAAAGCCUUAAAGAUGCACUCAUAAGGCUUUAUAAAUGUGCUCAUGAUGCUUUAUAGUAGGUGGGUUCAUAUAAAGAAUUACCAGUGUGUCUUAAAAGAGCUUAAAAAAGCUUCAGCUGUGAAGUAUCAGAGGAAGUAUUACUAAACUCCAAGGAAAGGAAACCUACAAGUUGAUUAAAUCACCAUUAUUCAACCCGCUGCGCUUCAUUAAGCGCGGUUUAGAGACUGUACAUCAGCUGAUCCUCACACCAGAUAGCUCAGUUGAUUACCUUUAACAGGUCCAAAUGGAAAACGCCACAGUAGACGCUCUACUUAAACUGCUUCAGCCUUCUUACUAUCGCUACUUCACCUUAAAUCCACCUCGAAACCCUCCUCCACUUCAGCUUCCUCAUUCUGUUUUACCAGCAUCAUUCAUGUUGUCACUAAUUCCUGCACUCUUUUGUACCCAGAUAGUCUUUGCUACUGCUCUGCCUGCAUUAGCUUUUAUAGUGUAUGUAAAAGACAAGGUGUUAAUUUAUCUCAUUGCGUAAAAGUGUCUGUCUUCGACUAAAUUUAUCCUGACUGAGGAUAGAGUUGGCGCGCUGAUAGACUGGCAGGUCAAACAUGCAACACGCCUAAAAGUGAGAAAAGCCCAAAAGUGGUUUGCACCUGUAGUACUAUUUUUUUAAUAAGCAGCCAUUAAAUCUUUAAGCCAAAAUAAAAAUACAGAAUUUAAAUAUUUUAAAGGAUUUAGUAGCAACCUGCUACAAAGAGGCCCUCAAAACUGGAUUCAGGAUUUUAAAAGGAGCAGACUACAUGAGGCAAAACCCACAUCAUGCCUCGCUUUUAUUCUCAUAUUUUCUUCUCUAAUGCAGGCGACAUUUCUGCAGCUCCAAGAUGUUUUAUGUACUUAGAUCAUCAGUCAGCUGUGAGCAUGCUCUCUGGCUCCGUCUAAUCGAAUGCUGAUGAAAUCAUUAAUGGAGAGACUUGAAGCAGCGUGAGAGGAAUCAAUGUGCUAAGUGUGUCUGGACCAGUUUUCUCCUCCGGUGCUCGUCGCUCAUUAAUGUGUUUCGUACAUUAACAGCCAUGCAGUCGGCCCAGUGGUACUCAUGGGGGCCUCCGAACAUGCAGUGCCGCCUGUGUGUCUCCUGCUGGAUGUACUGGAAGAAGUACGGAGGCCUGAAGAUGCCAAGCAGAGCGGAGGGCCCAGAGGAGAGGACCUCCCCGAGUCCAGCAAGCAAUGUAAGUUCUGACCUUAAAGAGGCUGCUCCGGUUUAAAAGAACUUAAAGGGAUAUUCCGGUGUGAAAUUAAUUUGGGGUCAAACACACUGUAACACAGUGUUAGACACCCCCUCGAGAGAUGAAUUUUGCCGAUUGCUUGCUUGUCUAGUUAUACCAACUUCAGUAACAACCAUACGAUAGCAAUACACAGCGGUCUGAGGAGCCAUAAACAAACCUCAACCAAAACGCCACUCUAUAGCCACAAAUAAUGCUCAGAACAGCACCUAACUUCAUCAACAGUACAUACAGAGUCCCAGCCACUAAACAUCAAGUUUGCCCAAUUUCUUUAACAAAGAGACUUGACACAACUCACCUACUCUCUUCCACCAGCCGCGAGUUUGUAGCGAGACCUCGGGCCAGUCCAUUACGGACUACAGCGGGGUGCCGCAGCUCAAGGAAGAACAUGUAUGAUCAUCUCUUCAUGGAAAUGCAAUCAGACUGAGAUGCUAAGGCGGCAGAACUACCGCGUCUGCAGUGCAGAAUGAUUAAUAUGGUGAUUAUUACUUUAAGGAAAUAAUAAAGAAAUGAUCAUACAUGUUCUUCCUUGAGCUGCGGCACCCCGCUGUAGUCCGUAGGUCUUGCUAGAAACAAAUGGCUUCUGGAAAAGAGUAGGUGAGUUGUGUUUUAGGGAAAUUAGGGAAAGUUAAAAAGAUGUUUGAUGGCUAGUACUAUGGCUGGGACCCUAUAUGUACUGUUGAUGAAGUUAGGUGCUGCGGUCGUUACUAAAGUUGGUAUAACUAGAGAAGAAAGUGUUCGGCAGCAAUCAUCGCUCCAUGGAGUGUCUAACUCAGUGUUACGGUACAUUUGACCCUAAAUUAAUUUUACGCCGGAAUAUCCCUUUAAGACCAUAGAUGUUGAAAUUGUAAAGUAUGUAAAAUUUUAUAACCUGUUUGAAAGAGAAUUUUGUUUUCUGAUUGAAGAAAUGGGCGAUCGAGUAUUUUUUAAAACAGUGGAAUUGUCCUUUAUCCUUCGUGUUCAUUCCCUCUGUUCUCACUCGCCUCCUCAGGAACCUCGCUCGCGGAGUCACGGCCCCCGCCAGUCCAACCACAUGGUGCCCAUGAGAAACAGCGGCAGCCCCAAAUCCUCUAUGAAGACCAAGCAGGCCUUCCUGUUGCAGGCCACCCGCCUCACCAAGCUGGCCCGGCACAUGUGCCGUGACAUCAUCAAGCUGCGCCGUGCCGCACGCCGGCCCUUUGUGCCCAUUAACUGUGGGGCCAUAAAGGCAGAGUGUAAGAGCUCUUUCAAUUCCUCCUAACUGCUGCCACAUGGACACACACACACAAAUGCACACAACAUACAUGCACACACACACACACACACACUCAUCACCCCCCCUCACACUGACGCCCCAUCAUCAAACCCCCAUCUCUUCCCGUCUCUGCCCCGCCCCCUCUUCCUCCUCCUCCUCCUCCGUCUGUCUCUCUUUCAGUUUUUAUUAUUAUUGUUAUUAUUAUUAUUUUGGUUUUUGUAUUCUCCCACCCCUGUUUCCAAUAAAGACUGCCUGUCCUCAUAACUAUGAGUUUUGAUCAUCUUUUCAUUCGUGUUUUUUUUAUUUUUUUUAUUUUAUUUUAUUUUUUACCCUUUUUUCUGUUGUGGUUUCUGUCACUGUGAAGUGAAAGCCAUUGUUGGUAAUUACACACAAAGAUUUAUCGGUUCAACAGGCCGAUUGUACUCCUCACACGCACAUAAUCACUCGUUCUGCUCCCAUCCGUAACCAGUAGACUGUAAUAGAAUCGAAUAUUAAUCAUAUUCCAGUCUGAGCCGUAUAUUUGCUGAAGAUAGAUGUAGAGAGAAUGUAUUUUACUAAGAGAAGCUCUAUUUUGCACGGGCGGGCCCAGUCUGUGCUGUCAUGGCUGAACAAGUUGCCUCACAUUUUGAAUGUUUAUUGUAAAUACUGAACCUCAGCUGAAGCUGUUCAUCAUUUUUACCCCGUUCUUUUUUUUUUUUUUCUUUUUUGCACUCAUUUUUCUUCCUUCUUGUUGUUUUCAUCUGUUCUGUGAGUGUAUUAGACAUAAUCGAUGUGUUAUUGGUUGAUACUAAGCUUUAAACUGAUGAAACUUGAAAGAAGAGACGCUGUAGGAAGAACUAGAUUUAUUUGGUACAAAGAAAAGAAAAAAAAACUUGCUGCUCUUGACUUCUUUGCUGCUGACUGCAUCCUCUUGCUAGAUUAGGCUUUACGCAUAAGGAGUCACCAUCUGAACCAUGUCUUCUUGGCUGCUCCUUCGCCAUGCCCUCCAUUCAGCUGUUCUCCUGUGUUCAUGCAAUAUUCAUAUGAAUCCAUCAUGUGGCCUGUUCUCUCUCAUAAAUCCUCCUGCAGACAGGAUUUGCCAUUCAGAGCCAUUUCUCCCCCCCUCCCCUCCUUCCACUCUGCCGUCAUUUUUCUAACAACUGUUGCAAUACUUCCAUCUCAUCUCCUACCUCCUCUUUUAGUUUUUUUUUCCUCUUUUCUUUCAUCACUGUGUGAAUGUGUGAGUAGACCUCCAAUAAAGUCACACCUGAAAGCAUCUCUUCUGAGUCCUUGUGCUUCAUGUGUCCCGUGUUAUCUGUCCAUCAACUCCACCACACUCCGAAGAGGGACCAUAAAGGCACCCCACCCCCACCCCACUCCCACCCCCCACUUUGCCCAAGCAUGGACUCAAACUCCAGUGCCUGCUCUCAUUAAACCUUCAUUUUUUGAUGUGUGUUUUUGAUAUUUUUUUGUUUGCGUGUGCACGUAAGCAUGUACUUCUCUGUAUGUGCAUGUGGGAAAAAUAAACCCUUAGGAAGGAAUUUAAGUUCAAAUCUCAAAAAUGUUCAGAUUUUACAACUGGAACCAUCCAUUACACUAAUGCCAUGACUUAAAUUUUAUAGAUAGUUUGGCAAAAAUCUAAAAGAGGAACAUUUUGUUCGAAUAUUACUGAAAUAAUACCAAAUGCUGUGUUUCCACUGCAAGAAUCAUCUGCAAAAACUAGGAACUAUUAAGAGCCUUAGGUCCUCUUAAUCACAUAUUUCCACUGCUGCAACUUUAAGAACUAGUACCAAAGAAUUUUAGGAGGUAUUUCUAAGUCUUCCUCAAGUCCUCUCCUACUUAAGGGGGUGUGAUCUCACUGCGGGAACUAAUGCUUGAAAAUGUCCCUGAGUUUUCAAAAGGUCCUCUUUACAGGGAUUUCAGAAAGUACCAGAUACUUGGUUUGGGGGGUCUUGAGAUUUCCCUUUGGUUGUGUCUUUUUUUAGAUGACUCUUAAAGGCUGAAUAAAACUAAUAAUUUUCACAGGUGUGUAGACCUUGGUGAAAAUGAUGGUGACUGUUAAAGGAACCUUUUAAUCCUUUUAAAAGUUCCCCUCAGAUUUGAAACUUUGUCUUGAUUGAUUUCCGCUGAAGACAUCUUAGUCAUCAGCGGAAAUAAGAAUGGAAACCCCGAAACAAUAGAAACUUAAAUAUUCAGAGUGAAAACAGACAAUAGUAGCCUGAAGAAGACCUUUAAACUAAAGUACCAAGUUCCCUUGAUAUUGACCCAGACAACAACAGGCAGCAGGAACCUUUUAAAUCCCUUUAAAAACAGACUUUGGGGUUAAAAAACUGGUACUUCAGGUGGAAACAGACAGUAGCCUCGUAGUAUCUUAAAGUUCUACAAAAGUUGACCUCUGGAACUGAAAGUUCUGGCUACUUUAGGUGGAAAUGUGGCUUUUGCGAACACGGACAAAAGGUAUAUCAUGUACACAGAAAGAUACAACACUGUUAUGUAAAAUAUUACAAUGUGUGUGUGUGUGUGUUUGGUUUAGACAUGUUAAGGGUCUCAGAAGGGCAGGGGACCCGCCUACCCAAAACCAGAGCGGCCCAAAGGAGCACUCUGACCAGUGUUCUGCAGUUUCUAGGUAAACCACACCCUAAAAAUCCACCUUUGAGCAGCUUAUCAGACUCUGAAGGUCUGUAGGAGCCACUUGAUGCAGCUCCAGUCUGGUGUCUCUUCCAGAAUCCCGUCCGGCAGCCCACGCCCCCCGCUCUCACCGCACCCCUGGCCUGCAGACACCUCCGCCCCGACGCCUCCUUUCUUCCCUCCCGCACGGCCCCCACGGCAUGCUGGGGAAACGCAGCUACCACCACCACAGCAGGGUUGAGCAAGACAGGCGCUCAGGUAAACACUCAACAACAAAAAAAAAUCAAAUCCGCAAAACUUAAAAUGACUUUUUUUCUUCCAGUGAGACUGUUAUUGCCAAACCUAAUCCUGCCUAGAAGCAAAAAGUAAUUGCAUUUCAUCUUUUAAACCCCUCCAAAAAUUGGAAAUGUGUUUCUCCUUACUUUUGAUUAAGUCUCACCUGAUGUGAAUGAACCCUCGGGACCAAACUGUGUUGAUAUUCAAUUUUUUUGUUACCAUUUCGCUUAAAAAAAAAUCUAAUUAAAAGGAAAUUCACCCAGAGUCGAUAACCAUUUCUGCGUGUUUUUCAUCUAAACCAGCUUGUUGGGGAUAAUGACAUUUAAUUUCUAAUAGACGGGAAUCAUGGGGGUAAUUUGGAUAAUCUCAUUCUGACACUUUGUUUUUUAAUUUCAAGUUUACUCAUGUUAUUAAAAUUACACUGUCAUAUUUUUUACUUGUGACAAAGAAAAUGAAUCAAUCCUGAUCAUUAGAUCUUUCUUUUGUUUUUGCAGAGAACCCCAGUACAACAGGUGGACCCCUCCUGGUAGGUGUCUUAUUAUAUUUUCAAACAAACCCUUCAGGGCUCACGUUAUUGACUUAUAAUUUGAUAUGAUCGUCUCUUUUUUGCAGCAUAACGGACGUAACAGCAGCAGCGGCAGCACCCGGGGUGGGGUCAUGAUCCGCAAGCGCCGCCCCAAUUGGAUCGAUGCCCCUGAUGACAGCUUCUUCCUAGUCACCAGGGAGACCAGGUAAGCAAAGGUGACCCUUUCCUUACCUCCAGUUGGUUCCCUUUUUGUGUGUGUGUGUGUUUGUGUGUGAAUAUUAAGGCAAAUAGAGCGAUUCUGGCCACAGCAGAUUAGAGAAAAAAAGACUUAUUUUCAUCUCGUGCUGACCUAAGGCUGCCCGUCCUGCACACUAAGACAGAUUCAACCCUAUACACCUAAAUUAACGCAGAGCCAUUAAGUUUCAGCGAGUGACAGCCUACAAAGAUUUCUCAUUAAGCACCACCACAGGGUGUUAAUUGUCUUUGAGAUUUAAAGAUCCAUUUGAAAACAGUUUAUUUUCAUUACUCUGAUACAGCUCAUACAGAUAAUAAUCAUCGUAAAACACCAGUAUCAGCAAACAGGAUUACGAUAUUUUGACAGUUUAAUUCUUCAUAUAAGAAUGAUGACUGAUGAAGCAAAAAAUGAGACACUUUCUUCAGUGUAUGAAUAACUCUCUAACACUGCAUUUGCUCACAAACAUCACUUUAUUGACAUAUUUCCUUUCUUAAUAAUAAUAAUAAUAAUAAUACAUUUUAUUUAUAACGUGCUUUUACAGGUGCUCAAAGACGCCUUACAAAGAAAAAUAAGAUGAAAAAAGACAAUUUAAAAUACAGAAAAUUAUGAGAAUCAAUGAUGUAGAAGGUUAAAAAAGACAAAAUAAAAGAACAGAGUCACAGGUUAAAAGCCAUUUUAAAAAAGUGUGUUUUCAAGAGUGAUUUAAAAGUGUGGGGGUCAGUACAGUCAUGGUUGGGUUUGGGGAGUGAAUUUCAGAGGGUGGGGGCAACGGAGGAGACUCUGAACUUAAAUUCUUAUUUAGUCUCCAAUACUGAAGUUAUGUAAAAAACACGAUAAAACGAGACCAAGAGGACCAUAGAUGUAAAAACUAGAAGCUUAAGGAUGAGGUAAAAACAAUUAAAGCAAUGAGAUGAAACAAUUGGGGAUUAGAAAUAGAUAAAAGCAAUAGAAACAUACAGGGGCAGUAGAUAAGUUAGAGUUAUACAAUACGUCCUAAGGUUUAUUUAAAAUCUAGAAAACUCAAUAAAGAGGUUACAGCAUUAAAAAGUUAACUUACAACUAUGUACUACAAAGAAAAAACUGAGGGCCUUAUUUUCGUUUCUCGCCGGCGACGUGGCGUAGGCACAGUAUAAGUCAGGUCCGCCGUGCCGACAAGGUGUGCCCAAAGCGAAAGUAUCCCCCCUCCCUAACUAAGCUCCUCCCAGCGGCGUAAGUCGUAGAGAGAGCAUGGAGUGGGUUUAACACAGCCGAGACCUCUUUUCGCCAAUCAGAACCGCUCCUCUCCUCACCUUUACAUUCGCCACCAGUGAGGGGUAUUACUAUUUUCGUGAAGUAGUCAAAGAGAUCAAAAGAUGUCUAGAGACAGCAAUGCCACACAAUGGCGACAGAAGGCAGCCCUCUGCCGUGUCGCCGGCGGGCACGAAAAUAGAGCCCUGAGAGUAUAAGAGAAAUUAAGCCAACAUAAAAAAAAGGAAGUGAUAAAAGGCAGAAAGAGGAUCUUAUCUCCUCAGGCAGGUCAUUCCAAAGUCAAGGAGCCUUAAUGGACAAAGUGCCGUCACCCUCAGUUUCUCAGGCUGUGGGCUGAAUCAUAGGGGGUCAACAUUUCGUUUAUGUAGCUCAGAGCCGUUAAUAUACACUUCAAAAUUCACACAUAAGCUAAGAGUGAAGCCAAAACACAUAAGGAAACUGUAAAAUACAGGCCUAACAAAUACAAGAUCGUAGAAUUCACCAAAUGUAGGAUUACCAAAUAGGAGGUGUUGGACUUUGCUCAAUGUUUGCCUUUGUAAUACCUAUUUAAUGUAAGCCAAUAUACCUUCUUAAUACAAGAUGGUGGACUUGACCAGAUGUAGGUCUCUCAAGUGAACUCAAAACAGACUUUUCAAAAACCAGAUUCUGGACAUGAACUAAUUAAGGCCAACAAAUUCCAAAUGUUAGACUUAACCAAAUACAAGCAAAUAAAAACAAAACUCUGUUGGACUUUGCUUGAAGUCCAGAUGUUAGACUUGAUCAAAUUAAAGUGUCUUAAUAGAGAAAAAUCUGGAACCAACCAACAGAGUAAAAACAAAUGCUGGGCUUGUACUAGACUUUAUGAAAAUGACAAUCAUAGCUAAAUGUUGCAGCCAUGUUAGUGAGCUACGUAUGUGAAGAUAUAUCUGAAUCAUUACAUUAGCGUUAGCUCACUGCCUUGCCAUAUUGUGUUUGUGUGUAAGUAUGUCUUGUUCUCUUUUUUAUUGUGUAUUUUACAAAAUCUCUCAGAAAACGUGUUACAUUUUCUUCUCAGGUAUCGAUUUUUCUCUCUUUUAACAUCAGCACAGCCGUUUCUUUGGUUAAUAAUUCAUGCGCGGCGCUCACUCUGAGUCUCAAUACAUCCACAAUCUGAUUUUGGAUUUUUACAAAUACACCCAUUAUCGAUUAGCUUCUCUUACUCGCUCUGUUUGAGUUUGAAUACCUUGGCAUCAAAUGAUAAUCUGUUCUCCACCAGUAUUUAUAGUCUGGUGUUUGCCUUGAAAACAAAUUCAUGUUUACAGCUCCGUGAAGGUGUUAAUUGGAAAAGAAAGCAGACAAAUGGGUAAAUUUCAGUCCCUGACGGUCUGUUUUCCUUCCACAGGGCACUUCUUUUGAACACACAAUUCUGAUAUUUCUUCAAGAUGUAAUUAAAUUUUCUUUGAAUCUGUUGUCCACAAACAAUCAAAGUAAUAUUGGUAAAAUAUCAACACUCUCUCACGCCGUGGUGCGCAUAUAAUGAGCUAAUGUUUGCACGUCUGCAUGUGAGAGAGAAAGAUGUUCUUCCAUUAAGGCCUGUGUCUAAAUGAGCCAUGGCACCCGGCCGUCACAGCCGCCCUCUGAUCAUGGGGGCUAAAAUUAGCGCCUCUAACUGGUGUAGAUGGACCAGCAUGGAGCCAGGCACCACUGGGCCCCAAGUGGAAAUAUCAUUACCACAUUAAGCGUAGCCUCACGCCCAUGGAUCACGCACUUACUACGCUCAGCAUGGCUGUGUGUUGGAGAAAUGACUGCAUGACUGUGACUGGUGCACUCAGUGAUAUUAUUCUGCCUUUCCUUGAACACGGGGUUAAUGAUGUUCUGAAUAAAAGACGUUAAUAGAUCUGCUGCUGAAAGGCUGCUGCUAAUGAGAGAUGAUGCAAAGUUUCAUUUUCUCCUCUUUCCCAUCCACUCUUACCCUCUUCCACUCUUUCUUUCUCUCAGUGUGAUGAAGGACGCAGAGAAGGAGAGAGGGAGAUCAAUCCUACUUAUUCAGGGGGGUAAAGAGAGACAGAAGCAGACAGAGAUAGGAAAUUAGACCCUUUUUUUAAGCAUUAGUUGCACAGUGCGAAAUGAAGUGCCACACAACUCCAGAUGACGCUGAUAGAAGAGUUAGAGAGAAACCGUUUUUCUUACAAUACUUCCAUAGUCUUCAGGGGAAAGUAGUUUUUGUCUCCAAGUAAAUAGAAACUGUCAAUAAUUGAUUUGUUUCACUCUGAGGCAACCGUCCAGAGAGAUAUUGAUUAACACUCUGGGAAUUUUUAAGAAGUAAUCGUAAGUCAUCCUCUGGGGGUGAAAAGAAAGUUAGGAGAACAGCAAUUUCUUUACUCUCAUUCUUGAAAUGUAGUCCAUCUUCUAGUUGAAAUGUCUUACUCUAAACAAAUCUGAGAAUAACUAAGGGCUGUAAACGUUAAAUUCAUUAGUGGCACCAGAAUCGAGAGCUAAUAUCAACACAGAUAAACACAAAAACUGUGUGUUGCUGCAAUGGCGUGACUAUUUCACACAAUAGGAGUUAAAUGUGGAGUUCUUGUUAAACUCUGGACUUCUUUUUAAUGUCGUUUUAUUUUGAAAGUCCCCCAGUGUAAGUAUCCAAAUCCCCUUUUUUAGUUUAAGCAGGAACGGUGCAUUAAUGGAGAUUCACUUAAGUGUGGCUUAAUGGUCGGGAACUGAUUGAAAGUUAAUCAACAUCGUAUAUAAGUGAAGUCCUAACAGACCUCUCAUGUUGUGGUGUAAUUCCUUGUACAAAUAUCAGUACUGCAUCAAUAAUAAGAACUUUGAAGCUGCUUUUAACCAGUGUAUCGUUUACUUGAAUAAUAAAUCUAAAUUCAACAACAAAAAAUGUACAUUUCAUGCGUUCAUCUGAUUCCCAAAUCACAACGCUGGGAGGAAUUGCUUUACAUUGUUAAUAUUAAAUAAAAUGAACUGUUUUGAAAUGAAAAAUAAUGGAAAUCCAAAUAUGCGAUAAAAAUUUUAUUAAUGUUGAUUAAUUAUCAAAAUCAAGUAGUUAAUAGUGAUUUAUAAAGUAUUUGUUGGACAGCCCCAGGAAGAAGUCAUCGUCCUGAAAGACUGUCACAAACUGGCAAAGUGACUUCUACAGGGAGAGUUGGUACGGUUUUGUUUACAAUUUUUCUCUCGAGGCAAAACCACUUUUGUUUUACACUUGAAUUAUUGUGCACUAAAAUAAAUAUUUGAUGAUGAAAACAAAAGAUAGAAAUAAAAGAUGUAGUGUUUCCCCGCUUCGAUAUUUGAGAGAAAACAAUGGUAUCUGUGAGGUCUCAGAACUAGAUGAGGUAGCCCUUUAAAUUAUGGCCAUAAAAUUCAAACUUUUUUUGGAGCUGAAAUGUUUAUUUUAAUUACUACUAAAAAAACAAAAAAAUCAAAAUGUCCUUAAAAUUUAACAAAUUAUUUAUUUAUCUCGUUUGAUACAUUAGAUGUUUUUGGAAACUAAUAAACUAAAAGAGGACAUUUUUAUCAUUUAUCGGACUGUAUUCAGGUGUUUUUUUCUAGUAAUUUGUUGAUCAUAUUGAUUUGAUAGACGUAUAUAAAAGUAUGUAUCAAUUAUGAUACAAAAGGCCUUAAAAGGUUAAGGAGCUUUUUGGCUUACAGGUAAACAAUUAAACAUCAACACACUUUCAAGUAUUACUAAUCAACUGAGCCAAUUUAUAAUAAUUUAAUUUGACUAUCCUGAAUGCUAGUUGAACGGUUUGUCUAUGCUGUAGUGCAGCCACUCGCCACUAGUAGGUGCUGUAGCCCAGGUUUACGGCCGCUGUAAUGCUCUUCUACUUGGAUUUAAUUUUCCUUUUCAUCAGGAAAAAGCCACCCCAACAUCCCUUCUCAAUGCUCGGCUGAUUCAUGUGAACAGACGAUAAACCAUGUCUGGAUAUAAAGGAGUUCAAGGUUCAAGAUCGUAACUUUUACGAGCUCAGAAAUAAAACGGAGGCUGACUUUGGUAGUGAAAUUUUUAGUUUAAAACGCCCCGUCAGCAUGGCUCAUACAAAAUGUAUAAAAGAAAUAAAAAUGAGGAUGUAUAAAAUAAAACUAUGCAGAACUUACAAUGUCGAGGUUAAUAGUUUAAUAGUAAUAAAGUAAAAAAAGAGCUUGUUAUGGACAGAGAGGGACAGUAUGGUGAUUAAGCAUAUUAAUAUUUAUACUGUACGAGAGGGUUAUAAGAGAGGUGGUGCUUAUAGAUCAAGGCGUUAACAGUUAAAUAACCCCAUAAAUGCUAAUCACAUUAUACCAACAUCACAUUUUAGUGGUUAUAUUUAAAUAAAAGACUUUAUCUCACAUUCAAUGCAGAAAAUCAGUAAAAUAAUAGAAAUUAGAGCAGCAAAAAGAGAGAAAAUGUUAAUGAGACAGUGCGGAUUAACAUGUUUGCUCUUCAACAAGCUGAACAGACAAACAGCAGAGCGUCAGAUUAUGUGCAAGCAGAGCUGAAUCCGUUCUUUUGGACCCUGGUCUACAGCUCUGCUUUGGCUCUGAGCAACAAUACAUGUACCGUACCACACAGUCCGAAAAUGCACACAGAGUCAUUAUAAGAGCUAAUUUUAUCAACAGCAGGGAUCCGCAGGAAACCGAAGUGUUCUUUUAAGCUUAUAACACAAGAAAAACAUCCAUUGCUUCUGAGAAAAGGAAGAAAAAGAGAGCUUGGCAGGAGGGCUUGACCGUGCAUUAAAUCUCAAAGUGUUUUUCUACGCUGCCUAAAGGGACCUGUGAACAAUCAGCCAUUCAUCGUGGUUAUGCUUUCUGCAUUUGUCUCUGAAUGAAUUCCAUUAGUGCCGUGUCCAACAUUGGUGAGUGUGCCCUCUGGUCACUGGUUUACUGCCUUUGGUUGCUGCUGUGGGCUGUUAAAAAGACUUCCGCUCACAGAGGAAAGCGCUGCAGUCUUAACAUCACAAAUGAGUCCCUUUUAUAGACUUAAAAACCCAGAAUAGAUUCACCUGCUUUUAACACACCAGAAAAUAUAGGUUUUUAAGUAAUUCUCUCUGGUACAUUUUGAACGAGGAAACAAAAAAAGGGUUUGGUUGUAUUUGUCUCGCGAGCAGACAAAAAAGUAAUCUUUGAGCCUUCAUGAGAAGUUUUUGACACCCUGGAAACAGACUGAUAUUCAUAUUUUUUAAAUUUUUUAUAAUAUCCAAAAUCAAAUUAGACUAUGAGAGACAAGAUUGACAAUUUUGACAAUACAGCUGAGUUUUUACAGUGUCCAAAGAUGGUAUAUUGGUGGGAAUAAGUGGGUUCAGUGGCAUAUUGGAUCAAAUAAUGACCAAAACUCAACAACACAGUGAGACAGUGACAGUGUGUCUCAUAAGGCUUCCCCAUUACACCUUAUCUCCUGCAGGCUCUUGCUGUCACACAAUAUGCACAGCAAUUGAGAGUAGCCCAUAGUAAUAAGAAGAGGCUAACAGCACUGAGGGCCUCAUGUUUGUGCUCAGCUAGUUAUAAAUAAUGCACCGAGACAAACAUUAGCUAAGGGCUGUAACCUUAGGAUGGAAGUGUAAGUCAUUAACUUUAAAUGGAGACUUUCAGUCCGAGAACUCAGCGCAAUAAUUCAAAACUUAAAAUCUGCGAGCAAUAAACCUAAGACUGAUGAACAAACUGGAUCUUGUUGACAAGUUGGAUGUCUUAAAUACAGGAAUUUGUACGUUACAGAUUUUGUCACCUUUAUGUUUUUCCCUCCCUCUCUGCACUAAGUUAAUUUUGCAGCUCUGAAGCUAAGAGAUUGGUGAUCUUCAGACCCAAGCGUUGAAAAGCUUUUUCUGAAGUGUCACUUUAUAUUGUGUGGUAUCAGUUAAACAUACAGUAUCAACAAGGGAAAAAAGCCACUCAUCAGACUGCUGUCAACAUUCAGUCAUUAGGAAAUCAAUAUAAAACAAGAUACGUUUGGCGUGACAUAUGCAAAUGGACAAAAUGGGCGGAAAACAGCGAAAUAACUCUUUAACCGUGUGUCUGAGAAUGAAGUCCAAGCGCACAAAAUCUAAGAGCUCAUUAAGAUACAUGUGCCUGUAAAAUUUCGGGCAGAUCGGAAAAAGUCAACGUUCGUGGCACUCUGUAGGGGGCGCUGGGGAGCGAUUUUUUUGGGUCACUUUAAACUUUGCGAUUUUCGUCAGGCCCGACCUGCCUGCAAAAAAAUUGUCGUUCAUGGGGUCAAAUUAGCGUUUUCGGAGGCCGUAAAAUUAAAAAUAAUAAUAAUAAUCGAGAACCCUUAGGACUCAAUAGGACUUCGCCGCCGACCUGCGCUCUCGGCUCGGGCCCUUAUAAUUAAAAAAAAAGCAUUCUUAAUUUUUAAUUCUAAAGUAAAGAGCAAACACCUUAACAGCCUUUACUUUCCAUCACUUGUGAGCACCAACAACCUUUUAGAGGUCAAAAUUUCCUCUCAGUCUGGAUCAAUUCGGACCCUUGAUUUGCUGAUGUUAUCUUUGUACCCGUGUAUCUUCUUCUGCACUUAAGUCCUCUCUUGUCUCCUUCACUGCAGGAGGGCCAGACGGCUGCUGUCCCGCUCCCAGCUGAGGCACGCUUGCCGGCAGCCUUGCGAGCAGAUCACGCUGCGCAGGGUCUCCCAGGGCCCGCCGCAGGGACUCGUUCUCGCCCCUCCGCACCCACACCCGAGUCUGAGGAUGCGAGGCCCUAUUGUCAUCCAUGACUGA